AUUUCUUAAAUAGGUGGAGAGAAGAAAUACAAAAAAAGAUAAAAAAUUUAUCAUGACAGCCAUUGCUACUGCUACUGCUAUUUCACUUUCUCUUCCUUUCUCUUUGUGCCGUUCUAACAAGUCUUAUACUAGAAAGUUUGUCAAAGGGAGCUUUGGAGUAUUUGCAGUGUAUGGGGAGGAGGGUGGGAGUCCAGAUAAGAAAAGUUCCUGGUUGACACUCUUUAAUGUGGAAGAUCCCAGGACUAAAGUUCCACAAAGUAAAGGCAAGUUCUUGGAUGCAAAUCAAGCUUUAGAAGUUGCUAGAUAUGAUCUACAAUACUGUGAUUGGAGAGCUAGGCAAGAUGUACUUACUAUAAUGCUCCUACACGAAAAGGUUGUGGAAGUACUAAACCCUCUAGCACGCGAUUAUAAAUCUAUUGGAACAAUGAAGAAGGAACUUGCAGAGUUGCAAGAAGAACUUUCUCAGGCCCACAACCAGGUACAUAUAUCAGAGACUCGGGUUUCUGCUGCUUUAGAUAAGCUAGCUUACAUGGAAGAGCUGGUUAACGAUAGGCUUCUGCAAGAGAGAAGCACAGUAGAAUCAGAAUGCACGUCUUCCUCUGCAAGCACGUCAACAGGAUUAUUAGACACUCCUAAAAGCAAGCAACCCCGAAGAACGCUGAAUGUCUCAGGUCCUGUCCAAGAUUAUAGUUCCCGUUUGAAGAACUUUUGGUACCCUGUAGCAUUCUCCGCAGAUCUUAAGGAUGACACCAUGUUACCGAUUGAUUGCUUUGAGCAAUCGUGGGUGAUCUUUCGUGGGGCUGAUGGAAAACCUGGAUGUGUCCGGAAUACAUGUGCACAUAGAGCCUGCCCCCUUGAUCUUGGCUCAGUGAAUGAGGGUCGCAUCCAAUGCCCUUAUCAUGGAUGGGAGUAUUCCACUGACGGGAAAUGUGAGAAAAUGCCAUCAACAAGAUUACUGAAUGUAAAGAUCAAAGCACUGCCCUGCUUUGAGCAAGAGGGAAUGAUAUGGAUUUGGCCAGGAAAUGAUCCACCUGCAGCUACCCUUCCUUCUUUACUACCACCUUCUGGAUUUCAGAUCCAUGCAGAGAUAGUCAUGGAACUUCCGGUGGAACAUGGACUACUUUUAGACAAUCUUUUAGAUCUUGCACAUGCACCUUUCACUCAUACAUCAACUUUUGCUAAAGGAUGGAGUGUACCAAGCUUGGUAAAGUUCUUGACUCCUGCAUCUGGUCUGCAAGGAUAUUGGGAUCCAUAUCCAAUAGAUAUGGAAUUUAGACCACCUUGUGUGGUUUUAUCCACCAUUGGCAUCUCAAAGCCAGGCAAAUUGGAGGGACAGAGCACCAAGCAGUGUUCUACGCACCUUCAUCAACUGCAUGUUUGCUUACCUGCAUCACGACAGAAGACACGGUUAUUAUAUAGAAUGUCACUGGAUUUUGCUCCCCUGCUGAAACACAUCCCCUUCAUGCAAUACGUUUGGAGACAUUUUGCUGAGCAGGUUUUAAAUGAAGACUUACGGCUUGUUCUUGGCCAGCAGGAUCGCAUGCUCAAUGGCGCCAAUAUUUGGAACCUGCCAGUGUCUUACGAUAAGCUAGGUGUGAGGUAUAGAAUAUGGAGAGACGCUGUAGAUAGUGGAGAAAAGGAACUACCAUUCAGCAAAUAAAUAUAAUUCCAUCAAGUACCGGGUUUUACUUUUCCAGAUGACUUUGAUCUCUUCAUUGUCAGCUCACAGCAAAAUUCAGUCCAGUUGUUGAGAAGCUCUCUCACUUACUGCAGUUUUCCAUAUUUUUUCUUGUGAGAAGAUACUUACACCCCUUCUGUAAAUAUAGCUGUACACAAUUUUUUUGUAGGUUCGUGUACAGUUUGAGCAAUCUUACAUUCCUCACCAACAAU